AUGAACUUCAUAGGCUUCACCCCCGAGACCGCCGUGCAAAUCUUCAACAACUACUACACGCGCCCGGACCCCGACCAAAACUGCUACAACUUCCUAGACCAUGGCACAGGGCAUACCCUAACCCUCUACCACCACCAAUACGACGACUGGGACCCAGCGCGCCCCAUGACUUUGAUAGGUCUUACGACGGAGUUCCAAUCCGCGCUCCUCGACCCCGACUUCGCCGCCAUCCUCCGCACCGAGACGCUCGUGCACUGGAUCGACAACACCCUCCACGCACGCUGGGCCACCUUCAUCGACCUUACCAUGCGGCUGAAAGCCCACGCCGCGCGCCUCCUCACCGCGCAGCGGAACGCAAGCGUCGACACGACCGACGAGCAUCAAUGUGAAUAUGCUGAAAAGACGGCGGAGAUGUGGAGGGCGUGGGCCGCGCGACGGGACCGGUAUGCUGAGAGCUGGCUGAUCCAGGUGCAGGUGCCGCAGGAGGUUGUAGACGGCGUGCCACAGGUGGAGCUGGAGCAUGGGGAGGAGUGGAAGGAGUAUGUGAGGGCUUGUAGGAAGUGUAUGCGCCCCAGAAUUGGGUCGGAAGUUGAGGGGUAUGAGAAACUGGAGCUGAUUAAAGGGCAUGUGUAUACGAACGACGUGGUAGUGAUUAGCAGGGCGGAAAUUGAGGAGAUUGGGGAGGAGAAUGUGUUGAGAGUUGAGGAGGAGGAAAUUGUGGCGACGCAGUGGUGCUUUUUGCGGGAGUUGGAGGACAGAGAGUGUCGGCUGGAAAAGGCGAUGAGAGGGAAGGUUUGGAUUGAUGUGAAAGGGCCGGAGUGGCUAUUUGGGGAGUCGCCUUGAUGGGUGAGUCGCUAUCGAGAGGAAGGUUCAUGAUCACGGUGCACGAUUCAUACAGUACCUCGACGUAAGUCUGUGCACCUUUCCGUGAAGUCCCUUCCAGACUCCUUAUGAUAUGUACAUCUACCCCAUGCGACGGCAAAAGAGGUUAACCAGAGGCGUGUCGGUCUGCUCCGAUCUAUGCUACCCAGGAUUGAACGUAUUUCCAAU